AUGUAUCAACGCAAACCCCCAGUAUGGAAAAAGGGUUGCGCAUACCUGAGAUUUGUAGAACGUUCCCCUGAGGAGUUAGACGAAAUUGAUCUAUUUUGGUUAGAAAAAAUAAAUGCAGACCGGGAGGCAAAGGGUAUGGAACCAGUAGAGCAAUCAAAACUCGAGUGGGUCCUAGAUCGCUUUGAAAAGAAGGCGCAAUUUCGGUCAACUGAGGAUGCUGUGUGUGCCGUUUGUCAGGAUGGAAAUUGUGAAAAUAUUAAUGCCAUUCUCUUCUGUGAUGUUUGCAACCUCGCCGUACAUCAGGAUUGCUACGGCGUUCCGUAUAUUCCAGAGGGAUCCUGGCUGUGUCGUAAGUGUCUGCAUUCACCUAGUGAACCAAUCUCAUGCUGCCUCUGUCCCAACACCGGAGGCGCCUUCAAAAAGACCUCUGAUGACCGUUGGGCCCAUGUAAUUUGUGGGCUUUGGAUUCCCGAGGUUAUGUUUGCUAACCUAACUUUUCUGGAACCUCUCGAGGAUAUCGAUAAAAUCUCAUCUGCAAGGUGGACUCUGCGCUGUUUCAUUUGUAAGCAGCGAAAUGUGGGCGCCUGUAUUCAAUGUCAUAAACAAAGCUGCUACCGGGCCUUUCAUGUCACCUGUGCACAACAGGCUGGUUUGUACAUGAAGAUCGAACAGAGCGAUGAUCCCAACGACUUGGGCAUUCGAAAGCGCGCUUAUUGCGAUCGUCAUUGUCCCCCUUCUCAUUUUAAGGCUCGUUUCUUAUUACCCCGAGAGGAAUUUUUUCAACGUGUCUACGCCUUUUGGAAACUGAAACGCGAAGUUCGACGCGGCGUGCCUUUGCUUAAACGGCUUCAAGCAGCCACCAGAAUCCGCGGUGCUGCAUCGCUUGUGAGUAUUAAACUCUUUGUUGAGGUUAUUAAGUUUUGA